AUGGAUAACCAAAGAGUGAUCUAUUCUGAACUGAAUCUUCCCCCAAAACCAAGGAAGCAGCAAAGGAAACCUAAGGGUACUAAAAGCUCCGUUUCAGAAUGUGAACAAGAAAUAACCUAUGUGGAAUUACGCCUUCAAAGAGCAGCUCAAGAUUUUCAAGUGGAUGACACAUCUUACCACUGCAAAGGUUCACCAUUCCCUCCAGAGAAGCUCAUUGCUGGGAUUCUGGGAAUCAUCUCUCUUGUCUUAACGUUCACUGUGGUAACCAGACUUAUCAUUGCCCCUACAAAAGCACAGAUGCAAAGCAAUUCUUCGCAGGCCAGAGGAACUCAGAAAGCAUAUCAAUGUGGUCGUUGUCCAGAGGAGUGGGUCACAUAUUCCAGCAAUUGUUAUUACGUUGGUAAGGAAUUAAAAACUUGGAAGGAGAGUUUGAUGGCCUGUGCUUCUAAGAACUCCAGCCUGCUUUACAUAGAUAGUGAAGAAGAAAUGAAAUUUCUGGACUCCCUGUCACUUUGGUCAUGGAUUGGAGUCUCUCGUCAGAGCAGUGGUCAUCCAUGGGUGUCAAUAAAUGGCUCAACUUUCAAACUGAAAAUAGUCAAAACAAAACCUGGUAAACAUAACUGUGUUGUACUAACCUCAGGUAGACUUCGAUUGGAUGAAUGUGGAUCUCCAAAAAUUUACAUCUGUAAGCACAAGCUUUCAAAGUAA